CCCCAGGCCUGGAAUAUGAACGGUAUCUGGAGAAGAGAGAAAUAGAUGUAUCCAUAAACAACACAAAAAAUACAUUGCCGGACACAACAGGUGUGUGACCCAGGGGUUCCAGGAUGUACAGGAGUGACAGUCCCUAUGGCUUGGACUCUAGCAGUUACGCAGGAUCUGUCCAGUCCGUCCAGUCCAAUGGCUAUUCAGUGGAAGAUCGGUUAUCACAGAUAUCAAAUUUGUCCAGACCAAGUGCCAAGUCAAUAUACAUGCAGAGGAAGGAGUAUGCGGACUCUAUCACCAAGAUGAUGAACAAAUUCCAGUACAGAGUAGAGCAUCUGUUCACCUGUGACCUGGAUGGUGAGGAGGUGCGUGAUGUGAAUGACUGUGUUGAGAGGCUGAAUAUACUGGAUGGGAUGGGCCGGGUGUGGGGGCAGGACAUGGUCCUGGAGGUGCGGGAUGGGAAACUGCUGCUAACAGACAUCGAGACUAAGGAGGAGCUGGAGUCCCUGGCUCUGAGCAGCAUCAUGGAGCUGAAGGCUGUGAUGGACAGCUGUGUGUACAACUCCCUGCUGACCGCGACCGUCAAGGACCGCAGCAAGAGGACCACCAGUGUCUUCAUGUUCCAGUGUGAGGACCUCAGGGCCGAUUUCAUAAAACGGGACCUAGAGAGAGUGCUCCCUCACCAGAGAGAUGAAGUUAGCAUUCACAGCAACAACAGCAGGAGCAAUCUGGAAGUUAUGGCUGGCCAUCAAAUUGUUAGGAAUCUUCAGAAUGCUGUCCCACCACCAGAGCAGAGAGAAUGGACUCCUCCCAAAGAUCCCUCAGCUCAAUGGAGCGCUCCGGACUAUGAUGAAGAUCCUACACCUGUACCUACGCCUACACCGCCCAUGCCCAGAGAAGAGCCCCUGCCUCCCAGGAAGGAAAUACCAGUUCAGCACCUCUUCAUGGAGGAGGAGCCUGAGCCUGAGCCAGCCCCUGUCUCUCCUCCACGCCCAUACACAGAGACUGAUAGGAAUGUGGACAUCGUGAAUCAUGUUUUCAAUGACAUUGAGAUCUUUAUGGGCCAGGUCGCUGCUGCAGCAGCCAAAGCCGAGAAGAAAAAAAAGAAAAUGAAGAAGAACAAGGAUAAAGGCAUUAAAGGCAUGCCACCAGCAGAGGAAUUUGAAACCUGUCUCCAGAAAAUCAAAUGCGGGUUCAACCUUCUGGGGGAGCUCAAUGGAAAGAUUAGUAAUCCCAGUGCCCCGGAAUUCGUCCACUGCCUCUUUUCCACCCUGGCAUUUGUGGUGUCCCACAGCCCUGAGGAGCUGCCCCCCACCAUCGUGGCGCCCCUGCUGAAGCCUGAGUGUAUCCGUCUUCUGAGUGAGGAGGCCACUCCUGAGGAGGACCAGCUGUGGCAGUCGCUGGGAGACGCCUGGAAUGUCCCCAGUACAAAAUGGCCAGAGGAUGAUGAGGACAUCCCUACCUACACUCUGGAGUUCUAUGAUGGUUGGCAGCCCCUGGAGUUGACCCACUCUCUCCCAGGGAGAGAGCCUGAGAGAAGGCAGCAGAGUCAGAAACAGAUUCAGAGUCAGAGUCCACACUCCACCCCUGAAAAGAGAUCGGCCCCAUUCAAGCCUCCACCAUCACGUCCAGAUGAGCCAAACCCCAGUUACAUGCGUGUGAUGUAUGACUUCACUGCAAGGAACAACAGAGAGCUGAGCAUCUCCAAGGGAGAGGUGGUUCAGCUACUGGACACGUCAAAGAAAUGGUGGCGAGUAAGGAGCGACAGAGGAGAGGAGGGCUUCAUACCCAACAAUGUACUUGAGUCACAGGACAAGGAGCAGGAAAAGCAGGAAACCAGUGGUCCUCCCUCCCUAACCAAGAGGUCCAAGCCUGACCAAGUGAAGGCCUGGCUGGAGUAUAAGGGCUUCAGUAAAAUCACGGUGCGCUGUCUGGGUGUGCUGAGUGGCUCUAUGCUCCUGGGGAUGACGAGAGAAGAGCUGAAGAUAGUAUGUCCUGAGGAGGGGGGGCGGGUCUUCUUCCAGCUCCAGAACAUCAAGUCUGCCAUGGCUCUUGCCAGUGAGGUAAGGCCCAUAGAGCCUUAGGAGGGGAGGAGACGGGAGGACCAGAGAGUCACAAAUGUGUCGGGACUUUAAGUGUUAUCCCUUUUCGCUGUGCAAUAGAAAGAUUCUGAUUAUAACUACUGAAAACACCGAGUAAGCUGAGUUCAUUUAAAAGUAUGUAUCGUGGAAGUAUCAAAGCUCUAUAUUUUUUUGGUUUCAUUUAAUAAUCCAAUAUUUAAAGAAAGAGUCUCUAUAUAUAUAUAUUCUGUGACAGCUGUUAACUUCAAUACUAUAUUUAACCAUAUGUAUUCUAUAAAACCAGUGUUGAUGCUACUUGAUUCUAUGAUUGAUCUUGAGGAUUUUAUUAAAGUCACCAUUUCUAUAUGUAUAAAUUAAUGUUAUGUGUUACAAUACUUUUUCUGUAUAGUAUCGUGUUGUUGUUGAUGUAAUGUAAUCAAUUGACAUAUAUUUUACUUCGGUAGUGCUAUGUAUGGACUCUUCAAUGAGUAAAUCACAUUAUAUCAAAUCAA